AUGCUUCAAUCGAGUAUUUUUCUUAAAACUCAUUCGGGUGAACGAAAUCAACACAUGAUCAAAUAUUUUUAUUCAACAUGCCCAAAGCCUGAUACAUCUUCGGAAAUCGGAACAUAUAUUCAACAAAUUCCUUUUUUAAUGGAUCACAAGAAUAAUCUGCAAUUAGUAAAAAAUAUUUAUUUUCCUGCUGAAACAAUUGGUGAUACAGGAACAACUGAUUCAAAAGAUUUAUUUGUAAAUAAAAUAAUAUCUGAUUGGUUAAAUCAAUAUUCACAAAAUGAAAUAAAACAAUGGCUACAGAAAUUAGGUAUUGUUGAACGAAUAGAUCUAACAUAUUUACAUUAA